CGCACCUUUCUCUCAUUUUUCCAUUCGCCGUCGACAACGACCACCAAACUCCUCAAGAUGCAGCAACGCAAGCUCGGUAGCCAAGGCCUCACCGUCUCCAAGAUCGGCCUUGGCACGAUGGGCAUGACCGCCUUCUACGGCGAGUUUGACCGCGAAGCCGCCGAAGAGCCCAGCAUCGCGACGAUUGGCAAGGCGCUCGAGCUCGGUAUCAACUUUUUGGAUACUGCGUGGAUCUACCAGUCCUUCGGUGUCGACGGCAAGCCCAACGUCACCAAUGAGGCGCUCGUGGGCAAGGCCAUCAAGCGCUUUGGUCGCGACAAGUUUGUCAUUGCGACCAAGUUUGGCCUCGGUGUUGCCAACGGCCAGCGCUUCAUCAGCGGCAAGCCGGCCUUCAUUCGCGAGCAGCUCGCGCAGUCCUUGGAGCGUCUCGGCGUCGACUCGGUCGAUCUCUACUACAUGCACCGCAUGGACCCGUCGACGCCAAUUGAGGAGACCAUGCAGUGCCUCAAGGAGCUCGUCCACGAAGGCAAGAUCAAGUACGUUGGUCUGUCCGAGUGUACGUCGAGCGAGCUGCGUCGCGCCCACGCUGUGCACCCGGUCUCGGCCAUCCAGAUGGAGUGGUCGUUGAACUCGCGCGAUAUUGAAGACUCGGUCGCCAAGACGGCGCGGGAGCUCGGCGUCGGCAUCGUGGCCUACUCGCCGCUCGGCCGCGGCCUCUUGACCGGGGCGAUUGCGUCGGCGGAAGAGCUCGACGCCAAGGACUGGCGCAAGGGCAACCCUCGCUUCGCCGCGGAGAACCUCUCCAAGAACAUUGCCACCGAUUCUUUGACCUUGCCAAGGCCAAGGGCGUCACGCCCGCGCAGCUGGCCCUCGCUUGGGUCCUCCACCGGGGCGACGAUGUGGUGCCGAUUCCGGGCACGAAGAGUCAGGCCCGCUUGAUCGAGAACGCUGGCGCGGCGACGGUGCAGUUGACGCCGGACGAGAUCGUCGCGAUCGAGCAGUCGAUUCCGGAGCAAGUCGGCGGUCGCUACGCCGACGCCGAGAUGGCCAGCACGUUUCAGGGCCGCGCCUAAGCAUAUCGUUUAAUGUAUACAUUGGCCGUAUCGGUAUCCAA